AUGGUGAAUCGACGUGCACUUGAAGCAUUAGAUAGAACAUUGCAGGAUCUCAUGGAAAUUAAUUCACCUUUUGGUGGAAAGGUGCUAAUACUGGGAGGAGAUUUUCGUCAAGUACUUCCUGUUAUUCCCAAAGGCACAAAGGCAGAGUUGUUAGAUGCAUGUAUAGUCAACUCCCCAUUAUGGAGAUAUAUGAAGAUCUUACAUUUAACUCAAAACAUGAGAUCUAUUAACGAUCAACAGUUUUCAGAGUACAUAAGGUGCAUUGAUGAUGGAAUUGAACCAUUUGCAACAGACGAUCUGAUUAAAGUUCUGUCUUCUAUGGCAAUACCAUGGGAGGGUGAUCAUUCAAUUGCUCAACUAUUUGAACAAUUUUUUCCAGAUUUGCAAAAUCAUGCCUACAAUUCAAGAUACAUGGUUGAUAGGGCAUUGUUAACACCAAUUAAUGAGGAUGUGGAUAAACUUAAUGAGAAGGGGAGGUUUACCACCACAUAUCCUAAGGCUGAAAAAAGGUGCUCCAAUAAUGCUAUUGCGAAAUAUAGAUCCAAAAGUGGGGUUAUGUAA